GCCCUGGGUCUGUCUAUGAAGGGGUUGGGUACGGGUUGAUUUCCUUUCUGCAGAAGGAAGUCACAUAUUUUAUUUGUGGCCAAACCUUUUCAGAUCCUCGUGAUCCAAGCCUGGACGCAGCUUUCCCCAGGUUGGCCAGGAGGGACCGACCUUCUGUCUGCAGGGCUGAGAGCCCUAUGACCCAAAUGCCAGCUUGAGAAUUUGGUGGUAUCAUCAGUCUGCCAGCUCUUGCUUCAGAACGCUAUGGAUUUCCCAACUAAGUUAUGUGCCAAACACAGGGAGGCCCUGAAGCUUUGUCAGAAGGAUCAGAGAUGUAUUUGCAUGGUGUGUCAUGCCAUCCAGCUUCAUACCCCUCAUUGUCUGCCCAGGGAUGAAGCUGUCCAGGACCGCCUGGAUAAAUUGUCAACUCAGCUGACAUUCCUGAAGACAGAGAAGGAAGAGGCCCUGGAGACAAAGCUGAGUGGGGAACAAGAGAUCCAGGGGAUGCUGAACCUAGUCAGUGUGGAGAUGAAAAAGGUGGCAAGUAACUUCAAUAAAAUGCAAGAGUUUCUGAAAGACCAGGAGAAAUCCCUGGUGCUCCAGAUGGAAGAGCUGAACAGGGACAUUACUGAAUGGAAGGAACAAUUUACAACCCAGCUUUCAAAAAAGGUGUCAUACCUCAGUAAUCUCAUGGCUGAACUGGAAGAGCAGCACUGGAACCCAGUACUGAAGUUACCAGAGGACACUGGAAACCUGUUACACAGGUAAUGUAUCAUCAUCUCCAUUUCUCAUGCCAAACAUGAGUUGAGGCCCUAUUCUAUAGGUGACUUCUGCAUCCUCAGUGCCAUGAUUAAUAUAGGACAAUUGGGGUAUUCCUGCAGGAUGGGGAAAUUGGAGGAUGCUCAUGACAUUUUUGCUGAGGAGGAAUUUUCUGUCCUCAUUCAUUCAGGUCUUGGUGGUGGUAUGUACUUUUCCCAUGGCUGAACUACCAUUAACUUUGACCUCUUUAUCCCCUGCCCAACUUUCCUCUUGGACUGUGGAACUUUUAUCUCAUGUAGAAAGCUCCUAAGGUCUACUUCCUCUUCUUCCCAGUGGCCUCAUUGCAGGAUCCUUAUUGGAGCUUAUUUUUUAUUCUCCCCAGAUUUUCUCCAGGAGAGUACAAGUCCCCAUUACUUUUCAUCUCAAGUAAAAAUAAUGAAUGAAAAAGGUUUUUAAAGUGUUUACUCUAUGUCUGUAAUAAUCUAAUGGCAUUUGUGCCAUUCCUAGACAGGUCAUGGAAAUUGAGCAAUAACUUUGAAAUGUUCUCUGUUCUGGGAGCUGAGGUGGUGGCAAUAGCAUGAAACCCUUCCGUCCCUGAAUUGGUUAUAUCUUGGAAGAGGAUAAUGUGGUCAAACAGUCUCUCAUUGGCAAGAGGGAACCUCAAGGACUUUGUUUCCAAAGGUAUUGAAAUCAUCUGAGUAAAAUAUUGCCAGUGAUGAACUUCUUGUUCAGUGACCUCUCCCACUUUCCCCAUGCAUGUAACUGGAACCUCCAUUACUUUGUGUCUCAACUUCCCUUUAACCACAUGUGCCCUUUUUUGAAGUCGUCCAGAGCCUUAGUAAAAUAUUAACCUAUGAAGAGAAUAUUUCUUUCAGAGGGGAAGCAUUGGCUUUUAUUGAUCAGAAGGGACAAAAUAAUUGACCUACCAUGGUCAAUUGACAUUGAAUGUGGAACAGGAUACCCAUGGGCUGUUCAUUUGCUCCCAUUCUCCUGUGGUACAGAGACUUUGGCUCUAGAACAGCUCUAGCACCAUCUGUUUUCCAGAGCUGAGAUGCCAGUGAUCAAAAACUUCAAGCCUGUGCUUCCAGAACUGAGAGACAGAAUCCAACACCUCUGUGGGCAGAGCUGGGUCCUACAGAGGAGUAUGAAGCGAUUCACAGAGUGUCUUCAGUCAGAACUGGAGAAAAGGAAAGUGGUGCUGACUCUCGACCCAGACACAGCCAACUCUCAUCUGUUCAUCUCUCUGGAUCAGAAGACCGUGUCCUUCAGGGAAACCCCACAGAAGUUACCCUACAGCGCUGAGAGAUUUGACUCCCAUUUCUGUGUGCUGGGCCAGGAAGCCUUUAGCUCCGGGAAGCAUUGCUGGGAGGUGUGUGUGGGAGUGGGCUCAAUGGAAGGCUGGGCUGUUGGGGUCUCCAGGGCCUCUGGGAGAAGGAAAGGAGAAGUCAGUUUUGUCCCCUCAGAAGGGAUCUGGGCUAUCCAAAUGCUGAAGGGGCGUUAUGAAGCUCUCACUUCCCCAGAAACUCCAUUGACUCUUAACAGCCCACCUGAGAGACUGGAGGUCUCUCUGGAUUAUGAAAGGGGAAGCCUAACCUUUUCAGAUGCAGAGACAGGAACUCUCAUCUUUGCUUUCUCAGUGGAUUUCUGUGGGGAGAUUUUCCCCUUCUUUUGGCUAUGGGGUCAAGGGGCCCAGCUCACUGUGAUUCCUUGACUUCUAGGGAAUCCUUUUUUUCACUGGGCUCCAGUUUUCUUAUCUGUGAAACGAGGAAUAUGUGUGCAGGAAGGCACAGGCUGACCUUUUUUUAUCUUACCAGUCCAAGUCAGCUCUCUAUGGAGAGAGCAGGUACCUAUAAACUGCAUCUAUAAAUACCAAACAGAGGGGUCUCCUUCCUGAUCCCUUCAUUUCUCUAUCUUUUCUGAUAUUAUUCACAUUCAUUUGCCAUUUAACAUGCCCAUUUUAAAAUGACUACAUCAUUAAAUCUCAGGGAUUUUGAACUGGAAGUAACCUUACAUGUUAUUUAGAAUAGGAAUUCUUAACCUUUUUUGGGGGUCUCAUCUCUCCUUUUGGCACCCGUUGAAGCCCAUGAACUCAUUUUCAAAAGUAAUAUUUUUAAAUGCAUAAAAUAAAAUAAAUAGGAUUAUGAAAUUAUAUUGAAAUCAAGAUAUGUUUGUUUUCUUGUGAAA